GGAUAUUUUCCUUUCCCUGCUAGAUGAGUUAGCUGAUAAGGCGAAUGACUCGCUGGUUACUAAUUGAUGAUGUUAACGGACUAACUUCUUCGGGCGAUACAUUGUUCAUUUAUCUAUUUUCUCCCCGCGAACUGGCGAUAACGUUCCCGUAACUACAAAGGUGAUGGCUUUUUUGUUCAGGUAUUUGUAAUAAAAUUUGCUUUGUUCUAAAUGGCACCAUUUCGCAAACAUUAAUUACACAUAAAUGGGCGAGCACAUUUGUUCUAGGCAUGCACAUGCAUUUUGAAAGUGUUUUUCUCGGCCCCUAUAACAUCUACACACACAGAGUGAUGAUACGUAUUUAUAUACACGUUUGUCCGGCAAGAAGGUGACUGAUCAUCAGUAAAUGUUUAUUUGGAAGUAAAAUAACAAUUUGUUCAUUUUGUAAGGAAUGAAAGGGAAAAGAAAGUAUAUUUCAAUUGCUAAUUUCAAAGCAUAUGUUGAACAAUACGUUAUAGCUUGUCGUUGCAGACCGCACAAAAAAGUCCAAACUAAGUGGCCCGUACCCGAUAAAUUAUCUAUAGAUCGGCGAGGUUUACACAGCCGAGAUUGCGGGUCAAACAUCUGCAAUAAAGACUUGUCGGGGCACGAAACAGAUUUCAUUUAAGCUAAGUAAGAAAGAUAUAUUUAGCUAUUUAAAUUCAAGUUGAUAAAAGUAAAUAUCUGUACGUGGCAUCGUCAAAGAGAAGUGCAAGCCCCGACAAGCAAAGGAAUGGCUGUCCACAGCUAAAUUUAUUAUCAUUUUUAUUCAACAAAUAGUGGAAACUGUACAUAUGUUGAAAAAGACAUAUUUUUUUUUCCUGUGGUAAAUAGUCUACCUCAGGUAGCCUUGAUCACGCUUUUAUGGCAAUAUUCUAUAGAAAAUUUCUAUUUUGAUAUAUGACGAAUCAUUUAAAUGCAUGGGAGUUGGCUUAACAGACGGAGAAAAUGGAGUGUUGUUCUCUUUGAUUCUACACAGACGUGCCUUACCAAUAUGCUGCAAUUUUACACCGACAAAUGGAAAUGUGGGAAAGUCUAAUAAGUUGGAGAAAGCUGACAUUUUGGAAAUGACUGUCGACUUUGUCAAGCGAUCUCAUCCAGUACUGAAAGAAGAAAAUGAAAAUGUGGCCGAGAAAUCGACGGAUAGCGUGCAAUACAAAGCAGGGUAUGAAAAAUGUCGGAAUGAGAUCCAGAAUUUUCUACAGACUUCAGAAAACAUGUCGGAAGAUGUAAAAUCGACUUUACUCCGACACCUACAAUAUAAUGCGAGGAAUAAAUCAUCAGAAUCGACGGACGCCAGAGCAACAGAACAAGAUAUCCAUCCUAAAAGUAACGCGACUCCUUCCUUUGCCAAUAUCCUUCCGCGUGUACAAAGUGCGAUUCCUGCAGUUCCGGGUUCAUCAGCGUCCUGUCAUACAACAAGUCAACCUCCAGGAAAUAGAAAUGUUUUUAUCUGUAAUCCUGGUGCUCCAGCCUACGUACUUGUACCUACGGCUACACUUUGUCAAUCCAUACCUGUAAACUCUCAGAUGACCCAGACGCACGAUUCACCUUUGAACUUAGUAAAGUCAUCAAGAACCCAAAGUGAAAUAGUCCCCAAUAGUCCACCCCAGACAACCACAAUGCAACUUGGAUCUGUAGUGAAUGGAAACCAAUUUGUUGUCAUUCCACAGGGAAAUAUUCCACAGGUUCCGAACUUCAUGGCGUCCUCAGUGGUAGGAGGACAAUCAAAUGUAUCGCCCAUUAAUGCAAUUCAAAACUUACAAGGCAACUUUGUGUGUAUGCCCAAUCUGCAGAUGUCGCUGUCCUCUUCUCAGUCUGACCAGGACGUUUGGCGGCCGUGGUGAGAACGUCAAUCCAACGUUGACGUGAACCGAAUCCACUCUUGCUUGAGAAGUUCAGAUCUAUAUAUAUUUUGUACUUUUUAAUAUUUCAGAGCUUUGUAUAUUUAUUCACAAUUUUUCUAUUUUUCCCAAGCAUUCAUAAUAAGAGUUGAUUCCCUACGAUCUAUUACUGCUAUUAGAAUAUGUGAAUUGAUUUUACACACAACAGCAUGCGUACUAUUCAGGUCACGUGUGUACACUGUCUUCCUAGAUGCCGCGUAUUUGUGAUAUAUAUUUGGAGGGACAUUCCGUAAAUCAUUAUACAUAAUAUGUUGUUACUUGAUUGUUAAAAAUUUAUACAAUUACGAUGUCUUCGAUUGAUUAAAGGUGCUCAUUAAAUAUGAAAAAUGUA